CCUGUUCAACCAACCAAGCUUCCUGGGUCGGUCAUCGUCUUUUGUUUCAUACUGGAUCUGCGCUCUGUUUUUCUCGUCUGGGGGCAAAUGUCUGGGUUGGCCUGCUUAAUUCGCAACCUUCCGAUGACCCUACAAUUUCCUGGCACCACUGCCAUGCGACACCCUCAAAAUGGCAACUCCGCUCGCCGCCAUCAUUUACAUGCUUUAUUCCUGCUCUUCAGUACAUGUUUUUGUUCUUCUCUUGCUUCUUGUGUUCUCAUCAACUCACCGUCACUCCUUUGAGCAUUGCUUCAGACGUCCUAGAGACGUCAAGACACUCUUUUUUCGGUUCGAUACCCCCCGUCACUCCUUUCCCCAAACUACAUUCAUUUUGUACCACCAAAGCGGGUUGAUCUCGACGUAGACGAAGACCGUUCCAACCCCAGGCAGAAGAAGUUUUGACAACUUUGCACGGCACCGAGACGCGACAAAGACGACAAAGAAUCUUGACGAGAAAUAACGACUGAGAUCCAAAAGCUCCCCAAAAUGCAUUUCCAGACUCUGUCACUUAUGGUGGCGUGCUUGACGUUGGCGCAAGCACAGGCCCAGCCUGACGGGUUUCCUUUACGACUACCUAAACGUCUACUAUCGAGGGAUGACACGGGCUUGUUGGGGGCGUUGCUAGGCUGGUCAGACUGGUCCGAGGCGGAGGCGUCGGCACCGACCACGUCCAACGCCAUUGAAACCACGGCCACCAGCCCGUUGACAGCAGCAACCAGUCCACUAACAACUACAACCCACGCCACUGUCGAAGAGAUCCCUACAAGCAGCACCACCACCACCACCACCACCACCACCUCAUUGAUUGGUCUGAUCGAUCCGGCAUUAACCUCAACCACGGUAUCAUCCACAACGACUCCAGUGGUGUCUUCCUCGACAACCACAAGUACAUCCAUCAGCCCAUUUAUCAACAUCGUCACAACCUCGUCCUCUACGACCAGCCCGUUGAUGUCGACUUCAACGACUACGACGAUGACUCCGCUUGUUGAUCCCGUCACGACAUCGUCGUCAACCACGACGUCAGAGACAAGUUCGACCACCACUUCUGUUAGCCCGAUUAUUGAGGUUGUGACGACUUCGUCAUCCACCACGACUUCGCUAACAUCCUCUUCGACAUCUACAUCCAUCAGCCCAUUUAUUGACGUCGUCACGACUUCGUCCUCGACGCUGGACCCAACCACGUCUUCCUCAACAACUUCUUCAACAACGACAUCUGUCAGCCCGGUUAUUGAUCCUGUUUCGACUUCGACUUCGACCUCGACCUCGACCACCACAUCCAUUGACGCAGUUGUGGAAGUCAUCACCCCCACUACUACUUCUACCACCAGCACUGAAUCAUUGGCGGACCAGACAACGUCAACGUCGGACAGCACCGGCCUCACCGUGGCUGCGGCGACGGUUGAUGCCACGUCCAGCGACAGCUCACCUGUAGCUGCAGAAACCACGAACUCGCCAAUAGCCUGGUCGGAGUGGGCAGAAUGGACGGUGUCAACUACUACCGUUUCAUCUGGCGAAGAAGUUGCUGUGAGCACCACUGUCGAGGACACCACCUUUACCUUGACCAUGGGCGCGGGAGAGUCGGCAUCCGUGAUCACGACCACGAUGCACCUGACCAGGACGUUGACUCUGACGAGCACCAUCUACGCCACCAUCACUCGACCUUCCGGCAGCCCGGGCCCAGCUCCAGCCCCAGCUCCCGCUCCAGCUAGCCAGCAGGGAUCCGGCGACAAUAAGGAGGUCGCCGCGGCUACCACAGACGCCCCUGCAGGCAGCGAAGCCACAACCACCAUCACUCUGCAAUCCACCGUCACCGAGACGGUCACGAUGGUCCCCGUCGAGACAGGCGCCGGCCACGGAGGUCCUUGCAGCAUCGAAUAUGUCACCGUCACCGAGGUGUCGCAAAGCACCGUCACCGUCACGGCGACACCGAGCGAGGAGAAGCCCGUCGCGGCUGAAGUCACCGUGACGUCGCCGGCGCCCGUGGCCGCGUUUGAGGUGUCCAGUUCGUCGACGAGCUCGACCCCCAGCACCACCAGUACCACCACCACCACCUCGGCAUUGUUUGGGUUUGGGAACGGCACCGACACACGGAUUGCCCGGGCAAGCUCCGGGUUCGUGACCAUGUCCAAGUAUGUUGCUCCAACGGGCUUGAAGCCAUGAGGUGCUCGCACACGAGGAUCCUGCGGGAGUGAGGAGUCGUGCACGGAGAUUGGAGAGGGAGAAAGAGACCAACUGCGGGCCAUUAGUUGACCAGAGGGGGAGGGGCGGCGCUGGAGAUAUACCCACGGAGAGAGAGAGACAGAGCUAUGUAUUUGCUUUCCUGUACAAAAACCCACCUUUUUGUCAGCAUUUGUUUUUCCUGGAGAAGGACUUCGCUCGGAGAUGGAAAAGAUGUUUAGAGAGACGUAUUUCAACGCUGUUACAGUACUCCACGACGUGAACCAGCUUCGCCAGAUGUUUUUUUUUUUUGGUCAGUC